AUGUCCCAAGGUGAAGAGCAGGUUAGCGAGGCGAGCCUGACUGAACUCGGCAAAAAUGCCGAUGUUUUGUAUUACGCACUUCAAAUCUGGCUUGCCGACGACGAGGUUGUCCACUCGAUGCAUCGCCACACCCGAGCUACGGAACAAAGACUCCGUAGUUGUCGGGUUUUGAUGGAACAGUUGGGCAGCACCAAAUAUAACUUUCCAGGAGCCAAUAGUUACGCUAGCAAACAAGAUGAUACGCAGCUAUCGACACAAGAAACGGCUACACAAGCAGUGACGGGCCGGGAAGCUGCUCGGAGGUUUCUCGCGCGUUGUGCUGAGCUGAAGCAUCCCAAGAACUACUUAAGAUUCUUUGCAUACACUGAAUUCUUCACCAGCACCCUCGCCUGUAUGGCCUUGGCAGUUAUAUCCCAUCCGUAUUGGCGAUUGUUCGUCGUUGCUGGUCUGACUAAGAUGUCCACCAAGCUUAAGAUUUUAGGAAGGGGGGAUUUGGGAAAUUACGCCGAGGAUGUUGCUGAAGAUUUUCAAGACCGCCUGAAAUCCGCUAGAACAGAGCCUGACAUCAAGAUCACCGAUAGCGCUGUGCUUCGCUACUGCAGUACUCAUGUUCUUGUUUCGCGCUGGCUUCACGACAGUUUUUCAACCGUUCCCGAGGAGCUUGGGGCCAGAGCACCGCCAACAAUGGGCAACGACAAGCUAGAAGGCCCGAAAAAGGACACGGGGAAGAUAGCCCUCAUUCAACGCGCAACUUCGGAGUGGAAGAUUGACGAAGUCUCGGUGACAGUGGGGUGCCUGCAAUACUCGUUGACCAUUUCCCUCCUCUGCGUUAUCAUGGUCGCACUGGGUCUCACGAGCGCCUUCACACUCGGCGAAAGCAUAGAAGGCGUAGAUCCCUUCAACAUCGCCACCUUCACCUGA